UUUGAGGUUUUUCUUUGGAAAGCUGCAAGUGUGGCUCGAAACGCGACCAGUUUGUAACUUGAACAUCUUGACAUUGGAUAUCCUGUACUAGACAGACUGGAGCUCAUGGUGGUCUGUCCUCAGCUCCCACAGCGACCACGGGGGAUUCCUCCAGUGUUUGCACUGCCAAAGGAAGAGGUCAAACCCUCACUGACGCUACCCUGCAGUCACUGCUCUCAGAAGUGGCUCAACCCUUCCCCUUUCCUGCGAACAGUGAGUGAGUGCCUGACAGAGAAGUAGAGAAACACUACUUUCAAAAUUUUCAGACUUCUCUACAGGUCGCCUGUAUUCUCUCUGUUUUGGAGUUGUACUACUGAAAACCCCUUCAGGAAUGCUGUCAGUGUCAUGUCUGGGAUUAGUUUGGGUAUUUACAACAACAAAUCAAUGAGAAUGGACAGACAACUGUGGAAAAUCCUUCAAUUCAGUUGAGUCUACAGUUACAACAGCUGCAUGUGUGCUUCUUGCUUGUGGAGACUAAUUGAAUAUCACACUCCUGUCUGCCUUGUUGGGGCUUGCCUGAAACCUCGGCGCAGGAACUCUGCAGCAUUCCACGAUUUCUCUUCCUGCAUCCCGAGGAACAGAAGAUUGGGCAGAUCUGCUCUCUAUCGGAUCCUUUCCAUCUUCUUUUUGCCUCUCACCCGGAAUCUUCAUGUUUUUUGGUUUAUCGGCACGCAAAACCUCAUGGAGCCGAUCCAGAUACUCCCGGAGGUUUACGGGAGAAAAAUAACUAAACUGUGAAGAACUGUUGUAAGAGGCUCAGAUCAGAUGUGCAGUUUAUUUUCAUUACAGCCCAAAGUGUCUCAUAUGAGUCAGGCGCUCGAGGGACAAUGAACAAAGACCACCGAUUGACAAGGAAAGGAGGGCUGACUGGUUUUGGACACGGUCGGAGACACUCGUGCUUGGGUUUUGAUGUGGAGAAUGGCCUGUCGGUGGGUCGCAGUCCACUGGACUCUCAGACUAGCCCGGGUUCUGGUCUGGUACUUCAGGCCAACUUUCCCCACAGUCAGCGCCGCGAGUCCUUCCUCUAUCGCUCUGACUCAGACUUCGACCUUUCGCCCAAAACUAUGUCCCGCAACUCGUCCACUGCCAGCGACCUGGAGGAGGGAUUGAAGCAUUGGGAAGUCAAUUGGCUACCUCGGCAUGGAGAAGACAUGAUAGUGACUCCAUUUGCACAGGUUCUUGCCAGUCUACGAACGGUGAGAAGUAACUUUGCUGUUCUGACACAUCUGCAAGAUCGUGUGGGAAACAAGCGGCCGUCAAGCAGCAACCAGCCGCCCAUGUGUAAUCCAUGUCUUACAGAGGAGCCUUACCAGAAGCUGGCGAUGGAGACCCUGGAGGAGCUGGACUGGUGUCUGGACCAGCUGGAGACCCUGCAGACGAGACACUCGGUCAGCGAGAUGGCAUCCAACAAGUUUAAGAGGAUGCUGAACCGCGAGCUGACACAGCUAUCGGAAACAAGCCGCUCAGGGAAUCAGGUGUCAGAGUUCAUCGCCAACACCUUCCUCGAGAAACAACAUGACGUGGAAAUCCUUUCUCCUCCUCCGAAGGAGAAGGAGAAGAAAAAGAGGCCGAUGUCACAGAUCAGCGGUGUGAAAAAGGCCACACAAAGCCCGGGUUUGGCGCCUGCCUCCAUCCCUCGCUUUGGAGUCAACACACCACACGAGAACCUGCUAGCCAAGCAAUUUGAGGAUAUCGAUCGUUGGGGUAUGGAUAUAUUCAAAGUAGCAGAAUAUUCUGGAAACCGUCCUCUGACAGUGACCAUGUACACCAUUUUCCAGGAGCGAGACCUUCUGAAAACCUUCGAUAUCCCAGUUGACACCUUCAUCACCUUCAUGAUGACCUUAGAGGACCACUACCAUGCAGACAUAGCUUAUCACAACAGCAUCCACGCAGCUGAUGUGGUGCAGUCCACCCACGUCCUCCUCUCCACCCCAGCUUUAGAGGUGGUUUUCACAGACCUGGAGAUCAUCGCCGCUCUGUUUGCCAGUGCUAUCCACGAUGUUGACCACCCAGGAGUCACCAACCAGUUCCUCAUAAACACCAGUUCAGAGCUGGCGCUGAUGUAUAAUGACGCGUCGGUUUUGGAAAACCACCAUCUCGCUGUGGGCUUUAAACUGCUGCAGGAGGAAAACUGUGACAUCUUCCAGAACCUCAGCAAGAAACAGAGAGACUCUCUCCGCAAGAUGGUGAUUGACAUGGUGCUGGCCACAGAUAUGUCCAAACACAUGAACUUUUUGGCAGACAUGAAGACAAUGGUGGAGACCAAGAAAGUCACAAGUUUGGGAGUCCUUCUACUAGACAACUACUCUGACCGUAUCCAGGUUCUGCAGAACAUGGUCCAUUGUGCAGAUUUGAGCAAUCCAACCAAACCGCUGGAGCUUUACCGCCAGUGGACGGACCGCAUCAUGAAGGAGCGUUUCACCCAGGGAGACAGGGAGCGGGAUAGAGGCAUGGAGAUCAGCCCCAUGUGUGACAAACACAACGCCUCCAUAGAAAAGAGUCAGGUGAGCUUCAUUGACUUCAUUGUGCACCCGCUGUGGGAGACCUGGGCCGACUUAGUGCACCCCGACGCUCAGGACAUCCUGGACACGCUGGAGGACAACAGGGAGUGGUACCAGAGCAUGAUCCCCCGCAGCCCCUCGCCUUCCACCCCAGAAGAGCGCCAGGCUGAGGUGGGACCAGCAGCUGUGGGAGCAGGAGCACCCAUCCCUUCUGGAGGAGGAGGAGGGGACAAGUUCCAGUUUGAAUUAACUCUGGAGGAAGAGGAGGAAGAAGAGGAGGAGGCAGAUUCUGACCUUGAGAGCCCCAUAGAGAAUGAGUCUCAGUCUGCUGCGGAGAGGCACCGAGACUCCUCCUCCCCAUCUCUUUCUCCAGACCCCCGCAGCAGCAGCAGCGGCAGGUACCGUCCCCCUUCGCCUCACCCAUCUCGGACCUUGAACCUGGCUGCCAUGUCGGUGCGGAGCCCCAGCCCUCACAGAGCGCCAGUCUCCCCAGGGCGGGAAGGUGCCGACACGGACAGAGAACUGAGCCAGGAGGGCGACGGAGUGACCUGCCUGCGUUUGGGCACAUAAUGACCAGCACAACCUGCCCUGCCUGAGAGACACGGGUGCUGGAUGUAUGUCGAUGGAGGCAGGGCAAGCCUUUACCAGUAAUGUCUGUAAAAUCACCACAGUCCCUUUACACUGGAGACACCCACUCUGGAGAACAGAGGAAUGUUCCCCCUCUGUUUUAGGUUUUGUUUUUCAGCAGGGAGAAUAGUUUUUGCCUAUCUUUGGGUGCCUGAUAGGCCAUCCUGGUUUGUUAUAGCUUCAGUUUGGAGAGUCCCAGAGAGAAAAAAAGAAAACGAAACUGCUGCGUUUAUUCUGGGAAGAAGAACGAAGCUGAGGCCUGUACUCUAACAAGAGGUAACAAGGUAAAGGAAAUGUCUUCCUUCAAAAUAACUGUGACAUUUGAACGCGAGCAGCGAAUGAGGACCGCAGUGGUGUGACAGGGUCUUGGAAGUUAUUUUGCACCAUAGUUUUAGUUUAAGGUAUAAAAUUAUUGAGUCCUCGUUGGAUUAAGUGAGUCUGAUUUCUUUAAGAAUGAUGUGAGAGAUGAAUCAUUUUACCAAAUACGGGAUGUAAAUGAGAAAAAUCGAUGGACCUUAACCUCAGGGUAUGAAGAGAAACAUAAAUCUAAUGUAGCACAGAUGUACUGGGUACCCCCUAACCUGACCACCCCACCCCAAACAGUCUUUCCAGUUUGAUUUACCUCCAAAUGAGACUUUAACCCACGGCGUGUCUCUACAUUUAAUCAAAACCCUUUAAUAUACAAUUUGGCAACUUACAUACUUAAACCAGCUUGUAGCACCACAGAAAUUGAACACUGAAGAAGACUUUACCCCAGUCUCACCUGUUGAUACUAUAAGACACCACCUGUAUAAUUAGUUUAAGCUUUAUUUUAUUUUGUACCUGUAAUGACUUUUAAUGAUGUCAUUGUUCUGUUUUGAUUUUCGACCUGUUCCUUGUUGUACAUUAGCUGAUCUCGUCUGUGGUUAAGUGCUUAAAAAGCAUUUGUUUUGUUCCUUUUUUUUUUUUUAAAUCAGGGUGCCUCCAGUCCGCAGUAGCACUUUACUGUCUUGGCCAUUUCAGCUCUUCUGUUCAGUCACAAAAAAGGGCUUCACCCUCUGUAGGCCUGCUGAUCACAAAAACACAGUACAAAGCAUUUGACAAACGGUACCAGAAGGCAGGGCGGGAAACUAACCAGCUUUCACAAACUAGUGUCUCAACAAAGGAUUUGAUGGCGUGCAACAAAUAAUAAAGUUCCUGUUCAUCUACCGGUCAGAUAAUAUCGGAAUUCUAGGACUGCAUCUGUUUGUUUUGAAACAGUCCAAAGGUGUGCAAACUCCAACAACUGUAGGUGAAAUAUAAAACCCAGCCUCCCACCUCAGACCCAAACUGAAUCCGAUUCUGAAUAUUUGUUCUUAUAAAAGAAUAAUGCUGGCAAAAACCUUCUUUUUUUAAUAAUCAGCAAACAAUGAACCACUGCUAUAACAAAGUAUUGUGUGGCAUCUGUUCUAUAGAUGUUCCAUAGAUGCACAUGCUCCCUGAUUAUAAUUUAGUCAGUUUUCAUUCAAUCCUAUUUCUACCAUCCUGAUGAAAAUGUGUCCAACAAAGAAACUGUUCAUUUUUUAAAGGAUCCCACAUGUUUGUUGGGAAAAACUAUUCAUGCAGUCACAUUAUUUCUGUCUGUACUGCUACAAUUAAAACCAGCAGCUACAGCUACUACUGUUUUGAAGCUCUGUGAACUUCUAUGCUCAUUCAAAUGUUUUGUUUUGUUUUUAAAACCAACAUUUGUGUAGUUGUUUUUGUGGUUAUAUUUUAUUAAAGUGCUUAUAAGAGAUUAGAGAGAUUAUUGAGGAGAUUUGUGCUUAUGUCCAGGGAAAUUUAAGAUUUACUGCUUGUUACUUCUACUAUAUUACUUCUGUAACACGUGUAUUCAUCAUGUCUUUCAGAUCAAAUAGAAUUUCCAAAACUCUGCGAGCAUCCUGUUAACUUCCAUCCAAGGAAGCCACUUGGAUGUUUGACAAACUAUCAGUGUGUGCAUUUAUAAUGGCUGAUAGAUGGAAAUUUAAAAGCUUCAGCCACGUUAUAAGUCUAGAUGUUGAGGGCACCUGAGCCAUCAACCAUCUGAUCUGAACAGAGCGGGGAAGACAAACCAGCAGCGUAGUUCAUCACAGGCUUUGACACCUGUUUAAGUCAUACUUGAGCUCAGAGCACUUUAUAAAAGAAGCCAUUGCUGUUGAUUUUGUUUUUGUAGGUAUUUUAGAACAUGUAAAAAAUGCCAGCCUUAUCCUUUAAUGGUAAAAUGUUGUUUCGACACACAAACCUUCAAACCUCAGUCAAACGUAAAACAUGUUUGCACAUCUGAACUAAAGAUGCUGCUUCUAAAUUGCUUUAUUUUCCCAAAAAAAAACCCAACGAGGAUCUUUGAAUUCUAAAAUCCCAGCGGUGUGUUUUCCUACCCUGCCGACAGAUACCGAUGUAGAGAUCAGAGAGAGCUCAGGUGGCAGAAACAAGUCACCUGUAGUUCAUCUUAAACAGACUGUGCUCCAUCAGCUCUUAUUUGGUAGAUAGUGCUCGACUGGGAUAAACGUGUGCCACAAGUGUUGACAACACACAAACACCUGCCAGCCUACAAUGCUGUACAUUUUUACACUAGAGAUUUUAACCUGAUGAUUGUAUCAAAGUCAUUAACUUUAUAGUGUUAGUUUUUACAAAUGAUACACGUUAACAGUAUUUAAGGCAAACGAUUCAAUAGAUUUUGUGCAGCUUAGGAUCCGUCUGUUCAGUUCUUUCCUAAUCAGAUAGCUGAGACUCGAGGAUGUGUGUAGUUUCAGGUGUUUCAUGACUUUGUCUUUCUGUACCAAGUACACAUUCAGCCUAGAACAGUGUUUGUCGCCGUCACUGAGGUAGAAAGACCGGGAAGUAAGCAAGCACUACGCAACAUACGAUGCACUUCCCAGUCAGGCAGUAGUAGAAAACACUAGUCCAACAGUAUUUCAUUAUUUCAGCUAGUAAGCUUUAUUGAUCAGCCUUAAGUGGUUUAUAAACGUUUUGAGCCUUGCGCUAAAGGACCACUGUGAUGAUUUCGAAAUGCUGAUCCUCAGACUGUUGUUCCAUUCAUUUUUCCAUGGAGAAAGAGGAAAGUGGGAAAACUGUUACCAGACUUACAUUUUUUGAGAACAUUUACAAAGUGUGCAAAAGAAGAUUUUUUUCAAAGGCUCCAGAUUUAAAGACAAUUUAGAGGUCUAAUAAAAAUAAUUGUGAGUAGAUAUGUCAUAUUAAAAAUGUCUCCUAUUAAACCGUUCACAUUGUAAUCAGAGCAGUUCAGUUUUUACAGUAAUUUUUACUCAUUAGAAUAUUUAGUUUUCAGUAUCCAGCUGACCACAGAUGCCUUCGCAUGACAGAAGUGUCUGCUCCUUCUGCAUUUGGUUAGUUUUAUUAAUUAUCUAGAGUGUAACAGGCUGAAUGUAAGCCAGUGAACCUCAAAGCCUUUGAGCAUCACCCUGAAGAGCAAACAUUUUCAAAACACUGCAUUUAAACGUCUGUUUUUUGUUACAUCGUGUCAAAAGUUGGUUUGUGGUUCGUUAGCCAUAAGUCAAGAUCCUUCAGCACUGAUUGGUUUUGAUCCAGUUAAACAGCUUUCUAUGAGGAGAAAACAGAUUUUAGUUACAUGUUAACAUGGCUACAUUAUCAAAGAGCACAAACAAAGAGCAAAAAUAAUGGUUUUACCCCCCCGGAGAAGUUUAUUAUAUUUGUACUACAUUUAAUUAAGGAAUAAUCGUCCAAAAAUGUAAAAAUACAUUCAAAAAUUUGGCUUCUGAGAUUAAACUGAUUUUUCUCAGAUGUGGCAUAACAAAUAAUGUGUUUUCAGUUAGUCAUUAUUUUCUCUUAUUGUAACACAAAAAUGAACAAAUUAAAAGCUCAUAUUUUUAUCCUGUGUGAUACUUUAAGUAGAUAUACAGCAACAGUUUUCUGACAGCAGGUGUAAUUUGCUCAGCACUGAACAGUCUGAGGAGUUACAGCAGGUUAAACUCAGCACCGUGGCUCUUUGCAGGAAGACGUCAGUGCCAUACAGCGCCAUCUGUGUCGGUGAGCGGGAGCGUUUCCGCUUCUACACAGAGACCGUGUUGCACUGACACCGCCUCCACCCACGUCCAUGCCGUCUUGUUCUUUCAGCCUCUGUGUCGUGCAAACUUCUAUAGAGAUAUUUAUUCUUCAGAUGUGUCUGUCGAUACAAAGUACUGUAACAUAGGAUGUCUGAUUUUAUGUUCUGGAGCCUAAAAAUCAAGUAUACUUUACAAGUAUGUAUCCACCUGCCACUCCAAUGUUUUUGUCAGAGAAAUUAAAUCUAUUUUUGUUUUGCAUUUUAAGCCAAAAGAGUCUCGGGAGUUCAGGGUGUUUUAAGUGGAAAAUGCCAAUAAAUUAUAUGAAAAUUUUUA